AUGCCGCCAAACAACGGCAUCACCAGCACCAUCACCACCGUGGGGGAUCAGCAGAAGGCGGAGCAGCCCGCUAGGACGAAGGAAAAGGAGGCCAAGAGACUGAACUACGUCGAACUGCCGCUUCCAGACCGCCUCACACUUCACACAGUCGAGACAAUGCUGCAGCAUUUCAAGGAGGGCAAGCUGCUCGGCCCCUCGUGUGCCCAUGAGAUUGUCAGGCGGUUUCGUCACCUCAUGGAGACAGAGUUCAAGGCGCCACUUGAAGACGUCACCAUACCUCAGGCCGGAUCCCUCACGGCACGUCCUCGGGCGGUCGUGGGCGAUGUGCAUGGCCAGCUGGCGGAUGUCCUCACCAUUUUCCGGCUUAAUGGCAUGCCGUCGGAGAGCAGGCGGUACAUUUUCAACGGCGAUUUUGUGGAUCGCGGCUCUCACGGUGUGGAAGUCGCGUUGUUGCUCUUUGCCCUCAAGCUCGUCGACAAGCACUCCCUUUAUCUCAAUCGGGGGAACCACGAAUGCCGCAGGAUGAACGAACGGUACUCCUUUGAGGACGAGGUGCGACGCAAGUAUGGCCCGAAAUUGUACGAGGCCAUGCAGUUGGCCUUCUGCCUAUUGCCUUUGGCGACUGUUGUCGAGCACAGGAUCUUCAUUACGCACGGCGGGCUCUUUCGCGAACACGGAGUAACACUGGACCAGCUAAAGCAGAUCGAUCACGUACAGCAGCCGCCCCGGCACUCGCAGGACCUGCUUGAACAAUGUUUUGAAGAUAUGCUCUGGAGCGACCCUCGCUCCAUUCAAGGAACGGUGGAAAGCACGCGCGGAGCCGGCGUGCACUUUGGCGCGGAUGUCACAAAGGACUUCUUGCGGAGGAACGGCCUCACGAUGCUGAUUCGCUCUCAUGAAGUCAAGGACAAAGGUUACGAGGUGGCCCACGACUACUCACUAAUUACAGUGUUCUCGGCCUCGCGCUAUUGUGGCAAGAGGAACAACUUCGGAGCCUUUGUGGUGUUUGCCGACAAGAGUAGCCUUACCCCUCAGUUCCAUCGCUUCAUGGCCGACGACCUUGAUCUCUUGACUGCCGUCUUUAAUGUGCACGAGCUGAGGCACGAGACCCUGCAACAGCUAUGGGAAUGCGUGCACAAGAAGAGGGACAAACUGCGCAAGGGGUUCCAAGAAUUGGCUAUCGACGAAGCGGGAGCGAAGCGUACACCAGUACGGCGGUCCAGCCAAACGAUCGGGUCAAGCGAUGACGAGUCGAGCGAUGGUAGCGAUGCGAUGGAGACGCGCAAGCCAAGCAGAAAUCAGCGACAGGGACGAGUAAGCAGGCUUGGGUGGAGCAAGGUGAUGUGUCGCGUCAUGGGAAUCAGGUCUAUGCCGUGGCUGCUGCUUCAGCCCUACAUGGUGCACCUCGGCUCGGAUGGCAAGAUCGACUACCAUCGCUUCUUGGCCCGCUACGAGAUCAAGCUCAACAGCCAGUUCGUGGAAACCUGGGACGAAAUUCUCCUCGACGAGUUCUGUCGAAGAAUCUACUGCAAGACCAAAGAGCUCGUCACCGUCUUCUCGGAGUUGGACAUGAAUGACAACGGCCAGCUUGAUCUGUCGGAGUUCGUUGUGGCCAUGGAGCGUUGUGGGAUGGGCCUAAGCGCAGCACAGACAACAGAUUUGUUCCAUGCCCUGGAUACCAACAAUACCGACUCCAUCUCUUUCCAGGACAACAACAGCCUGGCCACAAUAUUCACUGAGUUUGAUCGAGAUCGCAGCGGCCGUCUGUCGUACAAGGGUAACGCACAGCACCACCAGAGGCACGUCCUCUAUAGCGAUAAAUUUAGCUUGGCGCUGCGUAAGCUUGAGCUUCGGACAAGGCUGAAAAAGUCAGAGCGCUAUGCACUAGCUCAAUUUCUGGACUUUGACAAAGAUGGAACAAUUGACUAUGAGGAGUUUGUGCGUGGCUUCAAGGUUGUCGACAAGACUGGCGACAAGGACUGGCAAAGAAGAAUCCUACAGCGCAUGGCAUCUGCCCUCUUCCACAACCGCCAGUCCCUACAGUCAGCCUUCCGUCUACUGGAUCAAAAUAACUCAGGCACCUUGGAGAAUUCAUGGAGGCUUUCCAGAUGGUGGAUACUGCACCACUAG